AUGGAGCUCCACCAACACCUCGAGCCGCCGCCGCCGCCGCCGCCGCAGCGCCGUCCGUGGCCGCCGCCCAAGGAGAUGGCGGGAGAUCAUGACGUCAAGCCCCGGGGUGUGCUCCCCCUCUCCCUCUCCAAUGGCUUCCUGGGGAAGAAGACCACGCCGGCGGCGGAGGCGGCGGCGGCUCCCUCAUCGCCGCCGCCGGCGGUUUACAGGGAGUGCAUGAGGAACCACGCGGCGGCGCUGGGAGGGCACACACUUGACGGCUGCGGGGAGUUCAUGCUCUCCCCCGUCUCCGUCUCAGACGCCGCGGAAGAGCCCUCCGCCCUCGCCUGCGCCGCAUGUGGCUGCCACCGCAACUUCCACCGCCGGGUCCUCCGCCGGGAGGAGAGGGAAGGAGAUGACCGGAGCUCCUCCCCGGCGGCGGCCCCGUUCGGCUCUAUCGGCCACCGCAUGCUGGUGGGCCUCGGCGGCGGACUUCCGGGGAGGCCGGCGGGGCCGCCGUCCGGGGCGAGGAGGAUCCCUCAGAGGAAGAGGUUUCGGACGAGGUUCAGCCUGGAGCAGAAGGCGAGGAUGAAGGAGGUGUGCGAGCGUCUGGGGUGGCGGAUGCAGAAGAGGGACGAGGGGCUGGUGGAGGAGUGCUGCCGGGAGAUCGGCGUCAGCCGCGGCGUCUUCAAGGUCUGGAUGCACAACAACAAGCACAACUUCCUCGGCGGCCCUUCUUCACGGAGAGCGGCAACCGCCGGCGGAGGCGGCGGCGUUGGAGGUUCGCCUCCUGAUGGCAGCGGAGCAGCCGGCGGCGGAGACAGUGAAGAAGACUCCAGCUGUAGAGGGGGCGAUGUGGCAGGAGAUGCGUUUGAUAACGGCGGCGGAGGCGGCGGCGGCGAUCAUGCGGUGAAAUGUCCUUCCUCCAAGAGACAGUGCAUGCAGGGAGAAGACUGA